GCACGCGCAUCACGUGCCACUCACAACACAACCCACCCAGAUGCUAAGUCCCUUCGACACUAUUAUGCGCUCGUAGGCCAUGACGCAGAGCCCUGCCAUUCCCGCCAAGCCAAAACAGCCCACGCCGCGACGUCGCGAAAAAAUGCGAGAUUGGGAGAGGCGAGAACCACACUCGGGUAUUCAGCGGCGCCGCACGCGAAACACGUAUCGCCUUUGUCCACCACGCGCAACGUCGUUCUGGGCAGGAUAAGAUCUCGCCCGACUCAUGCCUAUCCCUUCUGCACAGCUCCCAACAGCGCGCCAAAAAGGGAGAGUGGCAGGACGGGAGGGAGGGAGAGAGACCCUCCAGCAUGGAUCAGGGGAGCGUGGGGCUUUGAGCGUGUGGGUCAGAGGUUGAGCGGGGAGCAAGAACGAGGGCGGGCGGUGGGAGAAUCCGCCUCUCCGUUGUCUCCUCUCCAGUCCCCAUCUCGUUUCGCCACCAUCCCUGGCUGAGAAACGUCUUCAUUGGUGAUGCUAACGUCUUCCUGGUGCUCUAAUUGCAAUUACCGUAAUCCCCCGUAUAAAACACCCGCCGGAAUUAAGCUCCCCCGGGUAGCUUGAGCGGGUAUGGGUGUUUAAUUUUUCUGGAUAUACACAACACCCUACCAUCGGAUGUGAAAACAUUUGAACACCCCCCUGCCACCUAGAAUCUUUUUUUUUUUUUUUUCAAGAAACACAAGAAUUUGCGAUGUGAAGAUGUGUGCUGCCGUUAUUUUUCCUUCUCCUGCUGUGCCAACGGUAUCAACAUCAGCGGGAGUGGGGAAAACGAGCUACUGCCACUGUGCCAUGGGUAUUCAGGUAGAAGAUCCGAAAUAUGAUAAUUUUUGAAAGUGUUACACGCUUUCUAAAAUUGUGUAUUGUGAAAGUGGAAACGUGGCCAGCACAGCAAAGGUAGCGGCACACCGCUACUCACCCUCUUUUUGCCUACAAAAGAGGGACGUGAGGCCAGUUGGCCUCACCCACGUUCUUCAUUUUCGGUUUCUAGUUUGAGUUCCUAGUUCUCGUCCAACCUGGCGAAGACCCAAUCCCUCCCCCGCUUCAAGGCUCCAGCCACACUACUCACCGACAUUCUCCAGCGCAACCUCGCAAAUAUGGCGCCGACGAACACGCCUCCUAACCGGGAGGUUAACAAGCCGUCUACACCCCCGCGAGCCUCCAAGAGAUUACCAAGUUGACGCCCGCUGACGUGGACGACAUCGCUGGCACGUCAGGGGGCCAGGCGGGCCCCACCUCGUCAAGGCGCCCUGUGGCACCAUCCGAAGUCAACGCAUUGGUCAACGCGCCAGUCAACGCCGCCCCCGCGCUCACUGCACAGCAGCUGCAGGCGCUCUUGGCGCUGUUACAGUCGGAACUUCCGACAACAUUUCCGCUCCGACUAAAAACGAUAAGAAGAAAUCGCCCAUGCUCCCUCCUCGCGCCAACAAGACCCCACGCACCGACGACCCGGCCCCUACACCUGUUCCUGCAUCUGCACCUGCACCUGCCGACAGCGACGACUCUGACAACGACGACGGUGAGGCUCCCAAUAAUAUCGCUCGUCGUCGCAUUUUUCCUUCCGCCCCCCCUCUCCCUCCCCUUAACCCCUCGCCCGCGGCCACCACCUUCAUCCGCAAGGGGGUGCGGGACCAGGCGGAAGUCUAUGCCACCAUCCAGGCACACCUGAAGCACGUGGACUUCAACCUCCAGCACGGCGACAACGCAACCGCCCUCUCCCACGUCACGCACAUCGAAGAACUCAUCAACAAGCGCUUCGAGGUGCUUUUGGUGGCGGACGAGGCGGGCUUCGAGGCGGCGGACCGUUUCCAGUUGUACCAGUCGAAGAGCGUGCUCACCUCCCGCUCCUACAAGCUCGCUAUCGCAGACAUAGAGAGAGAGAAGAGAGAGAGAGAGAGAGAGAGAGAGAGAGAGAGAGAGAGAGAGAGAGAGAGAGAGAGAGAGAGAGAGAGAGAGAGAGAGCGAGAGAGAGAGAGAGAGAGAGAGAAAGAGAGAGAGAGAGAGAGAGAGAGAGAGAGAGAGAGAGAGAGAGAGAGAGAGAGAGAGAGAGAGAGAGAGAAGAGAAAGAGAGAGAGGCAGAGAGAGAUAGAGAGAGAGAGAGAGUCAAAGAGAGAGCGAGAGAGAGAGAGAGAGAGAGAGAGAGAGCGAGAGAGAGAGAGAGUGAGAGCAAGAGAGCGAGAGAGCGAGCGAGAGAGGGGGGGGGGGGAGAGAGAGAGAGAGAGAGAGAGAGAGAGAGAGAGAGAGAGAGAGAGAGAGAGAGAGAGGGAGAGAGAGAGAGAGAGAGAUAGUGAGAGAGAGCGAGAGAGAUAGAGAGAGAGAGAGAGAGAGAGAGAGA